UUUAAUUUGAAGCUGUUUUCAAACGCUGGUGCAUUUUUACAUUUUAAUUUAUAUAUUUAUGCGCGUGCUGUUUUUGCGCAUUGGGUAACAACAGGUUGUGAUCUGUGUGCAACACCCCUAUCCGCAGGGUUAAGCAAUAAGUAAGUUGUGUCAAUUUGGGAUCUCAAUACAUCGAAUCGAAAUGACCACCAGUGUGUCACAGCACAUGGCCAUUCACAAUCCCUUGGGAAAGCUGCCAGGUGCUGCGGUCCUUUGCCAUAAAUGUGGAAAACCAUGUAAAGGAGAGGCACUGAGGGUGCAAAACAAAUUCUUCCACAUCAAUUGUUUCACUUGUAAAGUAUGUGGAUGUGACUUAGCCGAGGGUGGAUUUUUUGUGAGGCAAGAGGAAUACAUCUGUACUUCUGACUAUCAGAGACUGUAUGGAACACGCUGCUUCAGCUGUAAUGAAUUUAUAGAAGGUGAAGUGGUUUCAGCUCUGGGAAAAACUUACCAUCCAAAGUGUUUUGUUUGUGCUGUUUGCAGGCAGCCCUUUCCUCCUGGAGACCGUGUAACUUUUAAUGGGAAGGAAUGCAUUUGCCAGAAAUGCUCUCAGUCUCUGAGUACCAAUCCCAAACAUGUGUCAGCACAGACACCUCAAAAGUGUGGAGGCUGUGACCUGGAAAUAAAAAAUGGACAAUCCUUGGUGGCUUUGGACAGGCAGUGGCACCUGGGCUGUUUUAAGUGUCACACUUGUGGGAAAGCCCUAUCUGCUGAGUAUAUCUGCAAGGAUGGGGCUCCUUACUGUGAGGCUGAUUACCAUUCUCAGUUUGGCAUCAAAUGUGAGCGCUGCACGAAAUUCAUUACUGGGAGAGUACUGGAGGCAGGAGAAAAACAUUACCAUCCAGACUGUGCACGAUGUGCCAGGUGCGAAGAGAUGUUUGCAGAAGGCGAAGAAAUGUAUCUACAAGGUACUUUAAUCUGGCAUCCAGUCUGUAAACAGGCUGCCAGGGCAGAAGAAAAGCAGAAGAUCACUCAUACUUCUUCUGAGAGUAUCACAUCUCCUCCGGCCUCCAGUGCCUCAGGAUCACCAAGCCGUUUAAUAUAUGCCAAGCUAGAUGAUGAGAUUCUUGACUACAAGGAUUUGGCAGCUCUUCCUAAAGUUAAGGCCAUUUACAAUAUUGAUCGUCCUGACAUGAUCUCCUAUACACCGUAUAUCAAUUACUCCACUAUUGAUAGGCAUAGACUUGGGGAGUCACAUCGACUGCUUUGCUCAACAUCAACUGAGGAUGAACAGGAAGGACCAAGACAACGUAGAGCCUCCAGCCCUGGAUCUUUUGGGUCUCUUGGUUAUGGACGUUACACACCAACAUGGUCUCGUUCACCCCAGCAUUUCCAUACACCAGGCAGUGAAAGUCGUCGGAGCACUCCCAGCUUAUCCAUGCACCUAGACAGCAAAUCUUAUGUCCAGGCUCCUAGACAUUUUCAUGUACCAGAAACAGAUGGGAAAGCAGACAACAUAUAUAGGAAGCCCCCUGUCUAUAGGCAACAUGUGGGUGAUUGGCGAAGCAGAGGGUUUUGGAGUGAAGACGGUUUUGAAGAAGGACAUGUUUAUUUGAACCAAGAUGGCAGAAAGAUGAAGACAAGUUGGUUGACACUGAAGGGGGAAAUGGAUGCCACAGCUGUCUCCCCUGAACUGGAUCCUAAAUCAUCAUCUCGAAGUCCUGCUGCUGACAGAGAACUACUACAAAGAUCAAGCAGUGAAUCACUGUUUCAAACCAGAAUUCCUCACUCCAAAUCAGCUUCCCUUCCUGGUUAUGGAAAAAAUAAAUUACACAAGACUUCAGAUUUUGAAUCAAAUCAUGAUACCAGCUGGGGAAUGCGAGAAUACAAGGUUUAUCCAUACGAAAUGUUAGCUGUUACAAUGAAAGCACGUGUCAAGCUACCGAAGGAUGUGGAUAGAACCAGACUGGAGCGGCACUUGUCUCCAGAGGAAUUCUAUCGGGUGUUUGGUUUGACUAUAGAAGAAUUUAACCGUCUCGCACUAUGGAAGAGAAAUGACAUGAAGAAGAAAGCACGGCUCUUUUGAUCAGUAAAAUAUAUAAAUUUAUUCAGGGAAAGUCCAUCAUGACAAAAAGAUCCUACCAGGAAAACAAAGUCUGUACUCAGAACUUGAACAAAUCGUACGUUAAUUCAUCAUGGAUGAAUUAAGAGAACAGCUUUGAGAAUGUGUGCAGGCUUACAGGUUGUGUUUCUGCUAACCUUGCAUGAAAAGCCGAGUAUUAUAGCCAUUAAACUCUAAGCUUCGACUGUUGUUUGCUGAAAACCCUUAAGAAAUAGCUGUCUAUUUAACCUAUAGCAUAAUAGGACUGCUUAUUAAAUGAGGGAGGGAAAAGGGCAGCUUGGGGUUUAGUAUCCAAAGUACACUAUAUCUUGAUCAAAUAUAGCUUAAAAAUCUUCCAACUGGCAAUAAUUUGUUAUCACCUUAUUGAAAGAUUCAGAUACUUAAGUACCAUUCUAGUGCAAUGGUGGAUUAUUGCUAAAAAUUGCUAGUUGAUGGGAAGGGAGCUAGCAUUGGAAAAUGUGAGAUUAGUGAUUGAAGUAGAUGUGAGUUUCAUGACUGCUUCUCACAGAUAGCUAUGGAAGAGUUGUUUGAUGCGAAUCAGAAUAGCAAAGCUGAUGCUGCACUUUAUUCAAGUAUACACAGGCAUAUACUCAAAAUGCUAGCAUUGCGUGUAAUCUGCUAGAUUAGCAUCCAUUAAUAUGUCACGAACAUUUUUUUCUUAAAUGCACAUCUAGACUACUCAUAGUGACUAUAUUUUAAAAUGUUGCAAUAAGAUACAGUACUGCAUUAUGUCUGUGGGAGUGACAUGUUAGCUGACUGUUGCUUGCAAGGCUUUAUUUAUAAUCAGUCCAAAUUUGGAUCUAGAUGCUUUUUGUGUUAAUGAUGGUUGGUGUCAUUCCAAUUUCAGGCAUUUUUUCAGUAAGCUGUAAACAGCCAACCCACUUAAGUUGACAUUGUUCUUGAAAUUAAUUUGAACAUAUAAUUGAAUAAGCAACCAAAUUUUAAUGAAGCUCUGAGAAUGGAAAACCAUUUUUUUUUUGCCAGAAUGCCAAUUCAAGGACUGGCUCCUAAGUGCCCAAAAUGAAAGCAGGGAUGAUAUGCACAUUAAUGUUGGGUUGGGACAAACCAGAAUGGUCCUUUACCCAUGCCUGAAAAAAAAUGUUUUUUUUUGUAACCCAAUAAAAGUUCUGAUGCUGAUUUCAUAUCCUGGCUGCAACAUUUGUUUGCCCUAAGCUAGCCAGUAAUAUCACUCACUGACCUCUGAGUUAAAAAAGACCCAGAACACUCUGAGCAAAGUUUCUAGCUUAUAUAAAUGUGAAUGAACAUCCCAUUGUUGUUACCAGUCCUCAAAUCUCCAACCGCUAGGACUGGACCCCAUUCCUGUCUUCUGAUCCACCCACCCAAGCUCCAACCUCGAGUCUCAUAGUCCACCAAAAAAUCCAGUUCCAUGAUCAGCAGGCCAUCUGAUGGAGCCAUGUGAUUCACCCUUCCACUUCAAUUCCUUAUAAUCACCAAUGUUAAUCACUCUGCCACUGUUAGCUGUGUCUUCAGCUGUCCCACUAGACCCUGGAAUUCUCCCACCACCUCACAAGCCUCCCCAUCUCUCUUCAGUUUGAUAAUCAUUUAAACCUACCCCAUCUUCAUCUAUCAUAUCAUGUGAUUUGGAGUCAAAUUUUGUUUGAUAAUGAUUUUAUGAAGCACUUCGGAAUGUUUUACUACUAUAAAGAUGUAUAAAUGCAUAAUGUUACUAUUGCUGUGUCUACCGACAAUUCACACUUUCACACUACUAUUGCACAUGGACUUAUAGCACUAAGCAGGCACUGAUUUGCCAGUCUAAAUAGAGAGAGGCCGCAGGACAGUGUGUGUUGAAAACAAUACUAUCAUUGCUCUGCUCUUCUUAAAUGAUAGGGUAAUGAUGUAUUAGUUACAUAAUCUGGAAGAGGUUAAUGCUGACAUGAGUGCUUCAAACUGAAAAUAAUUUUAUUUAACACUUCAAACAAUUUUUUUUACUUCACUGAACAUUUCAAGAUAUCCCAUUUCUUUCUAAAUUCAGUUAUGUGGAAU